AUGGAUGCUACCGAUGCUAUGGAGUUACAGCGCCAUCUGGAGUUCUUCACAGGGCCUCUUCCAGCAACUCCAGCAGUUAACACAUCACCAGAAUCCCUUCACGAUCAGGCGAAACCAUCCUUAGCAUCAUCUCUCGCUGGACAGGCUAUAUCUUGUCUGUCGGAUUCAACAGCGUCAAGCAGCUCCACUGCAAACAAUAAGAAGACCAACCUGCUCAGCCUCCCCCAUGAGAUCCUCACCAUGAUUCUCACCAUCCUCCUCGUCCGCAAUGAAACUAGCAUUGCGCUCCCAACAAUCGACCAUUACAAAUUCCCUGAUCUCAAACCCGACAUUUCUCCAGCAGUCCUCCAAACUUGCAAACGACUCAAUGAUAUCGGCAAACCCCUUCUCUAUGGCCGUAACAUCUUUCACCUCGAGCCUCAUAUCCGACCGUAUGCAUCCUCGACUCGAGGUUUCACGCCCCUCAGUCACAAGAGCUUGGCUCUGAUCGAACAUCUGGAGGUUCCCGUGGAGGGUCUGGACGUGCACCACAUGCCUCCACGUAAUGGUGCGAUUUGUGUGGCAUUGAGUGAGGCAGCACGUUUCUAUCCUUACCCUUAUCCCGGUGGAGGGAUGGGCAACGUACAAUCCAUUCAGUGCGUCUUUGAACACAGCAUAGACACUCAGACUUGCGUUCUUACACAUCUCGACACGGAUGAGGAGUUCCGUAAGCUCGUACUCGAAUUCCUCUCCCACCGUGGCGAUAUCGCAUUCGCUCCAUGGUACAAAUAUGCCGACUUUAGGCGCCAACUGUAUGACUGCAUAGUCAAGUGGCAGGCUUUGCUGAUCGCGGCUACUGUUCGUCAGCGUUUUCCAGCUUUCAAUCGAAUGCUCCACAUGUGGCGAAAGACCGAGGGGGAUCAUCAUCCGCGGCUUCUGAUUGUGCUUUGUCGCAAUGCUGAAGGAUUGCAGGCUGCUAUUGCAAUGAGCAAAUCGCGUGGCAUGCAGGUUGACGGGGAGCUUGAGGUGGAUGUGGAGCAAGGCACAGUCAAAGUGAUCUCCGGACGGCGGGCUGGGUAUUAUUACAAGUAG